AUGAAGAGGGUGAAGAAUUUUAUGGAUUACAUUGAAGAUUAUUAUGUCAUUAAAGGAGAAAUUGGUAAAAGCACAUAUUAUGCAUGUGAAGCGUAUUUUGAUUAUCUUAAGGAGAGAAUUCCAUUAUAUUUAGCCUUUGAACGCUUAUGUACAAGGGAACAACGUAACCCUUGUACAAAUUAUAUUCUAGGUUAUAGCUUUUAUGAUCCAACGAAUCUCGUUACAAGAAGUCAAGCAUUAGGAUUAUAUGUUCUAUGGUGGUUGAAUCCCUGUUAUAAAAAGGUUGUAGAUUUGUUCAAUGAUUAUGAGAACGCACGUCAAAUAUUCAUAGGACAGUAUGCUAAGUACGUUAAACCGUUCAUGACUAGCAAUAAUCAGAAAGGUGCAAACUUAGUGCAAUAUGACAUGGUGAAGCUUCCGGAUGCAGUAGAAAAUCGGAAAAGUGAGAAUACAGUAAUUGCAACUCACUCAAAACAACUCACAGGUGUUCCAAGUAAAAUACAAAAGGAUGAUGGUAUUUCUCCAAUGCUGAAAAGUGAACAACGAGUUCCAUGGAUUAAAAUUGGUGUGUUUACACUUCUUUCUGCAUUCAGCAUCACAAUGUUUGUAACAGCUUUAAUGAAGGUAAUAACAAAAAAACGCUGCUUAUUGUACUAA